CUCUGCUUUUUUGGCAGGAGUGACCAGAAUAAAAACAGCAACACCAGACAUAGAAGAGAAAAAAGUGCAAUGAUCCAUCAAACCAAAUGCUUUGCCCUUUCCUAAUUAUGUUGUGUCCAGUAUCAUUUUCUUUUUUCCUCCCCUCUUCACUUUUUUUUUUUUUGAGACAUUUUUGAAGUGGUAAUUAGCUCUUGGAGAAUAAAACCAGCUCAUUUGGGGAGGGCCAGUGCAUUUCGGGGCGAGAUGGCUAACAGGAGGGUUGUGUUGUUCCUUCUCGGAUUCAUCCUCACCAUACAGCUGAGUCCUUCACUGCAAGGAGGGGUGUAUGUGCCACCGGGUUCAGCUGGAGCAGGACCAGGAGCAGCUGGAUUGCUACCAGGUGCUGGAAUUUACCCAGGUGCUGGGACGUCCCAAUACAAAGCAGCAAAAGCAGCAGCAGGAGGAUAUGGAGGUGCUGCUGGGACUCAAACAGGAGCUUUAGGGGCUGGAGGUUAUGGAGCUGGUGGUUAUGGGGCUUAUGGUGCAUAUGGUGGUGCUGGAAGAUUUUACCCAGUGGCUGGAGGUCUGAAACCAGCUAAAUCAGGCACUGGGCUACCUGGAGGAGGUCUACCUGGAGGAGGUCUACCUGGAGGUGCUGGUGGAAAGCCUGCUAAAGGGCCAGGUGCAGGAGGAACUGGUCUUCCAGGUCUUGUCAUUCCUCAGACCGGGGUACAAGGACUAGGCCCUGGUGGGGUUGGACCUGGGGGAAAAGCAGCAAAGGCCGGAAAAGCUCCAGUGCCGGGUGUGGGAGUGCCUGGACCAUAUCAAGGAGGACUUGUUCCUGGACAAGGCUUCAAUGGGCGGGGUGUUCUUCCUGGUGUAGCCACAGGAGCUGGACUCAAACCUAAAUCAGCUGCUGGAGGGCAGGGUCUGGUACCAGGUGGUGGUGGGCGUGGAUAUGGACCACUGCAACAAGGAGUAUUUCAUGGAUACCCUCUCAAAUCUCCCAAAGCCCCAGGGGCUGGGUUACCCUACACUGGUGGGAAACUUCCAUACGGUUAUGGUGGUUUUGGUGGAGGUACUGGACUCCCUGGUGGGAAAGGAGGAGCUGGCUCCAAGCCGGGUUAUCCAACAGGAACUGGUGUUGGGACUUUAGGGGUAUCUGCUGCACAGGCCAAAGCUGCUAAAUAUGGUACUGGAGCUGGUUUUGGUGGGGCUGGAGCUUUUCCGGGUGGUGCUGGUGGACUUUACCCUGGUGCAGGAGGUGCGGGUGUUUUUACACCAGCUCAAGCUAAAGCAGCUAAAUAUGGUGCUGGUCCUGGUGUUACUGGUAUUGGUGGUGUACCAGGUGCAGGUGGACUCUUUCCUGGGGCAGGGGGUCCUGGUGUGCUCUCCCCUGCUCAAGCAAAAGCUGCUAAAUACGGUGCAGGAGCAGUUCCUGGCGGGGUUGGGAUUGGUUCUGGUGGCACUGGGAUUGUGCCAGGAGCUGGAGGGGUCUAUCCUGGAACGGGAGGUCUUACUCCUGCUCAAGCAAAAGCUGCCAAAUACGGUACAGGUGCAGUUCCUGGUGCGGUUGGGAUUGGUCCUGGUGGCACUGGGAUUGUGCCAGGAGCUGGAGGGGUCUAUCCUGGAACGGGAGGUCUUACUCCUGCUCAAGCAAAAGCUGCUAAAUAUGGUGCAGGAGUAGUUCCUGGUGCAGUUGGGAUUGGUCCUGGUGGCACUGGGAUUGUACCAGGAGCUGGAGGGUUCUAUCCUGGAAUGGGAGGUCUUACUCCUGCUCAAGCAAAAGCUGCUAAAUACGGUGCAGGAGUAGUUCCCGGUGCAAUUGGGAUUGGUCCUGGUGGCGCUGGGAUUGUGCCAGGAGCUGGAGGGGUCUAUCCUGGAACAGGAGGUCUUACUCCUGCUCAAGCUAAGGCUGCUAAAUACGGUGCAGGAGUAGUUCCUGGUGCAAUUGGGAUUGGUCCUGGUGGCGCUGGGAUUGUGCCAGGAGCUGGAGGGGUCUAUCCUGGAACAGGAGGUCUUACUCCUGCUCAAGCAAAGGCUGCUAAAUACGGUGCAGGAGUAGUUCCUGGUGCGGUUGGCAUUGGUCCUGGUGGUGCUGGGAUUGUGCCAGGAGCUGGAGGGGUCUAUCCUGGAACGGGAGGUCUUACUCCUGCUCAAGCAAAAGCUGCUAAAUACGGUUUGGGUGGGGCAGCUGGAACUGGUGUUGUACCUGGUGUCGGAGGACUGUACCCUGGAGCUGGAGGUGCACCAGUUGGUGGAGUAGUUGGGGGAGCUGGGGGAAUUCCUGGAACAGCAACAGGGGCUGGAGUGUAUCCAGGUGGAGUGAAGCCUCCUAAAUAUGGAGGAGCAGGAGGGGCCGGUGUUGUCCCAGGCUACGGUUCUGUUGCUGGGAUCGGAGGAGUUCCUGGAGCUGUGCCUGGAGCUGGAGGGCUAGGAGCUGGUGCCAAACCUCCUAAAUAUGGAGUUCCUGGAGGAGUGCCAGGAGGAGUACCAAUAACUGGAGCAGGAGGAUACCCUGCUGGUGCCAAGGCUCUUAAAUAUGGUUUGGGUGGAGCUGGUGGACUCCCAGGUGGAGUUGGAACAGGAACUGGAUAUGGAGGGUAUCCAGCAGGAGUUAAACCUCCGAAAUAUGGAGUUGCAGGAGGUGCAGGUACGGUACCUGGUGCAGCAGGUGCACCACUGCCUGGAACUGGGACAGGACUGACACCAGGCGUCGGGGUUGGAGGAUAUCCUGGUGGACUCAAACCUCCUAAAACUGGCACUGGGAUAACUGGAACUGGAAUAGCAGCUCCUGGUGCAACACCUGGUGGUGACGUGGUGGUCGUACCUGGUGGCACAGGCAUUGGUGUUCCUGGUGGUACUGGUCUGCCUGUUGCACCAAGUGGAAAACCAGCAAAGCUUCCAACCCUGGCUCCUGAAGGGACUGCUGUACCAGGACCAACGGCUCUUGUAGCAACUGGCAAGGCCCCUGAGCUCAGUGGUGCUCAAAGAGUACCUAUUGCUGGUGUCUCUAAACAUGGAGCGGGUCCUGGUGGGGUUUACCCCUAUGGCUAUGGCCCAUUUUCUGGAAGCACUGGGAUUGGAACUGGAGUGUUACCAGGAGCCAAACCUCUAAAAGCCCCUGGUGUUGGAGGAGCAGGCAGUGUCGCUGGUGUAGGGGGAGUUGGAGGGGCAGGGGCUUUUCCUGGACUCGUACCUGGAGCAGGUGCAGGGUUUCCAGCAGGUGUGGGAACUGGUGCUAAACCACCUAAACCAGGCUACGGCUCUUUGGGUACAGGAUACGCACAGCCAGGUGGUGUAGCUCCAGGAGGAUAUGGAGGAUAUCCACAAACAUAUCCAGGAGGAUAUGGAGCAGGACUGUCACUACAACAAGCCAAAGCAGCCAAAUACGGAGGUGGACUGACGGGAUUCCUGGGAGCAGGUUAUCGAGGAGGAGCCGGCUGCCAAGGAAAAUACUGCGGGAGGAGAAGAAAGUAAAGGAUCUCUUGAGAUGUGAAGUGACCUCAAGAAACAUGGUGCUACUGCAUGCUCCAGAAUGUACUUUUGAUACUCAAACAAACAAUCCCAACAUGCACAAGUGUUAUGUUUUGUACUGAUCGUAAAUAUUUGUAACGAAUCCAAGAUCCCUCAAACGUCUAGUGUUUUGUGAAAAUAAUUCCAAUCCUAAUGGCACAUUCCAUCAUGUUACUGUUUCCUAUUAUAACCGGGUUGAUUAGCUGGCAAUGCUGUUGUGUAACUGUCAAUGUUUUAACCACGACCUCUUAUUUGUGGACGUUUCUGAGACCAUCUGAAGCUCUUUUGAUCAGUUGCAGUCACAAUCUCACACUCUAGAUUCUUAAAAGUAACGCCAUUUCUUGCCUGCACAACAUCAUCCAGCGUCCUCGCGACACAUCGGUGCUGCAGGUUUAGAGUGAGUGAAAGCAUCAGACUGCUGAUUAAAUACUUCACAUCUGGCUGUGCUUCAGCUCAGGGCUUUGCCUGUUAUUUUUACCCUUCAGCAGCUUUACGAUUACAGUCCUUUAUGGGUGACUCUCUCACACACACAAAUUAUAUUUUGCAUGAAGAAAUUUAAGCCUGUUUUAGGUAGGCAAUUAAACACAUAUUCCACCAAAAUUCUAACACAUUUGGUGCUUUAAUUAUUUGUAAUUAUUAAUUGUUAGGGUUAGUAUUCGUUCUUGCAUACUGUGUGAAGAGCUCUGCUCUGAUUAUGCUGAGAACAAGCAGAAGUGAAUGAUGCCUUACAUCUAAUAUCAAUCAUCUAUUUUGGUAUCUGUCAAACUGAAAGUAACUCUGUAAAACAGUAAUCAUAUUUCUAGUAUAUUAUGUUUGUUUAAAGCUGGUAGAUUAAAAGAUGUGCUUAUGUUUUUCCCCGGACCCGGGAACUACAGGUGCUUCCAUCAUUUGACCAAGAAUGUGUUUCUUUAAUCCCUCUGUAUUCACAUAGAAUUAGUUUAUAUAUAUAUACAGUAGUCAACAUUUGAAGUGGAUCAAAAAAGUUCAUCAAAGGUAUCCUAAGUCAAGACCUCAUUUUGUUUGUGUUUUUGGACAACUUUGAUGAAAGGUUUUGAUCCACUUCAAAUGUUGACUAGUGUAAUAUAUAUAUAUAUCAUACACUUACAGUAGACUGGAUCGUUAAACAAGUUACUUUGCCUUAUGUUGUUUUGAACCAUUUGAAAUUGACAUGUUGACCAAUUAUCGAGUUUGUACACAUCAUAUGACAAUAACUUCUUUGCUUUAAAUAGCUUCUGCAUUGUAGUCACUGUGGAACUUGCAAAACUGUGUGUGCUAUUUUAAGAUGUGAGUGUCUGUGUAUGUGUAGGUGAUGUAUGUAAAUCCCCUCAACAUGUGUGUGUGUGUGUGUGUGUGUGUGUGUGUGUGUGUGUGUGUCCGUCUGUCCCGAAAGCCUCACUAGCCAAUGUAUUAUCAAACAUAUAAUGUGUCAGUUUUUGCUAUACUUGGUUGAUACUGUUUUUCGAUCCAUCUAGAAAGACACUUUAUCAUGAAUUAAUGUACCUGGUGCUGUAUUUGACCUGCCUGUGAGCCCUACCAGGUCUUCUCUAUUGUGCUGUGGGAUUUCCAUCUUAUUUAAAUAAUGGGGCGGGGCUGUUGCACUUUUCCACAACCUAUAUCCUGACUAGUUCCCGGAAAUCCCGGCAUUUUACCUGCUCUAGUGAAAAAAAUGAAAUAAAAUAUAUUAAAAAACACACAAAAAA